GAAAGUAUUUAUAUCCACAUAGCGAUGGCUGGAGGUAGAGUGUUGUUACAUCGCGUGAUGACUGUGGUCUUCGGCGAAUAUAAACCCGAAAUACGACGAAGCGACUAUGUGUAAAUCUCGCAAGGUUCAAAAUUAUACACUGCUCGAACCGUCACUAGUUGCAAACGCUCGGUUUACAAUCAGUUUUCCGCGUCUCGUGGGGGUCGUUAUUUGUCUGUGGUUCCCAACAAUUAUCAUCAUCUACCCGUGCAUAGAUUUGUAAAAUUACAAGUACAGGGAAAAAAGUGAUAAAAUAGUGAGUUUCGUGGUAAGUGAAGCUUGGAUUGCGCUUCGGCUACCUUCAACCGGUGUGCGGUACAAGCUUUUGAGAUAAUGGCAGAGAAAGACUCGACUUCUCAGGACUCGUCGUCGGUCGACGACGGUAGCAUUAGAGAGCUAAAAAAAUUACGUAGCAGAUACGAAGGUCGAUUAAUGGCAUCGCUAUACAUGGCGAUACUCGUCAUUGCUGUGAUAGCCACAUCUAUUGCAUUACUGGCCUUCUGCAUCUUUCAUUUUUCUGAUAUGGCGCGCUAUCUUCUUCCAGUGCUUACUCUGGGGGUCAUUUUGAUGUCCUCGAUAUCACUUCUGAUAAUCACACGACUUGCAUCCCUAAUGUCGUCGGCUUGUGGUCAGAUUGUCAUUGGUUUAGUUUCUGCGGUCACCUUAGGUGGUGGCCUGCUUCUUUUGGAAGAACCCCUUUCGCUCUACGGUGGCAUUAUAGCCAUCCAUGCCGCACUGCCGGGACAUCGGGCUCCUCUUACUGCAGUAGCUUUACUUUUGACAUCGUUAAAGUUGGCAAAUUACUCGUUAAAAAUUAUAGACGGAAAUUCCUCACCGCUAUAUAUUCAAAUAAUUGCUGAGGCAUUGCUGUUAGCUAUGGCUAACGGAGCUGGUAUAUAUUACAGAGGACUAACAUCAAAAUCUCACAGACGUACAUUCUCGGGGACGAGUACAGUCAUUGAGUCCCGAAUAAAACUAGAGUAUGAACGUGAACAGCAAGAGCAGUUACUACUUAGUGUGAUACCAGCGUAUAUUGCUGCAGAGGUGAAAAGAAGUAUAAUGCUAAAGAUGGCUAAUGUGUGCCAGGACGUCAGUCAACACAAACAUACCAGAUUUCACGAAAUGUACGUCCAGCGUCACAAUAAUGUGAGUAUAUUGUAUGCGGAUAUUGUAAACUUUACUCCUCUCUCCGAAAAACUGUCCGCUUCCGACCUCGUGAAAACCUUGAACGAACUCUUCGGAAGAUUUGAUCAAAUAGCACAGGACAAUCAAUGCAUGCGGAUAAAAAUCUUAGGUGACUGCUACUACUGUGUUUCGGGACUUCCUGUGUCGCGGCCUAACCACGCGUAUAACUGCGUAAAAAUGGGAUUGGAAAUGAUCGAAGCAAUACGGUUUGUCCGUGAGGCAACAGGAUUUAAUGUGGGCAUGAGAAUUGGAAUUCAUACCGGGAACGUACUAUGUGGUGUUUUAGGUCUCAGGAAAUGGCAAUUUGAUGUAUGGAGCGAUGACGUUACUUUGGCAAAUCAUAUGGAAAGUGGCGGAUUGCCGGGGCGAGUCCACGUGUCAAAAGCAACAAUGCUUCAGCUUGGAGAUCGAUUUCAAGUAGAACCCGGAAAUGGAGGAUCCCGACAAAGCUACUUGGCUGAACACAAUAUUGAAACCUUUCUCAUCAUAUCGCCUAAAACGGAGUGUGAGGAACCGCGGUCUAGAAAUGGAAUUGAUCGAAUAUCAGGAGGAGAACAAGGCCCAGCACCAUCCAGAUCCAGACUAAGCAGCAGGAUGAAUAAGUACGUUGAAAGCUGGGGAGCUGACAAACCAUUCGCUAAUAUCGCAGAUUCGACUUUGGCCAAGAAUAUCGGACUUACGAGUAUCGCGAUGAUAGAAUCAAAUCUUCUCACCAGUACUACUAAUUGUCUCAACGUUAAGCAAUGGUGCAGCAAUAACGAGGAGAUGUCGGCGCUCACCUAUUGGUUUCGAGAAUUGGACAAAGAGCACCAAUACAGAGUGCAGCCAGAUCAGCAUUGCUCAUUUUACGUGAUGUCGUCUGUUAUCUUGUACUUGGGAAUUUUCUGCAUUCAAGCACUUCAUAUGCCCAAGAGUAUCAUCGUCUACGAGUGCCAUGGAUUCGGGGCAGCGUGUCUACUGAUAUUCGCAGCCACAUUUUGGUACACUAGAAAAACCAGCGGUGACAUCAAUACUGAAGCUCGAUUACCUCGGGUGGCAAACAGUCGGGGAUUCCGUAUCUUUGUUUAUCUAUUUACAGCUGUCUUGUCCGCCGCUAGUGCGAUCGUAGGAAUAAUAGAAGCUGGUGCUACAGAACGUGAUACACUUUUAAGGGUCCAGCAAUAUUCGUCGGCAUUGGCCCUUACAGUCAGCUGGACGCACUUGAGGGCGGGAUUUCUUUUAAAACUUUCGGUGAUGCUGGUCAGUGUUCUCGGUAUACUGGGAGCUAUGUCACAAGUGACACUACCAAGUUACACCGAAGCUUUGCAACCGAACAAUUUCUCGGAUAUCCCUUACCUUGCGCAAACGGCAUACCUAUUGAUGGUGGUGGUAUUGAUACUGCAUGUCUUGGAUAGACAAGUGGAGUACACGUCUCGCGCGGACUUUCUAUGGAAAAGCAAGUUGAAAGUCGAACAAGAUGAAGUUGAAACCAUGAGAGGAAUAAAUAAAAUUCUCCUUGAAAAUAUCCUUCCUGCACAUGUCGCUGAUCAUUUUUUAGCCAGCCGAGCAAUACAAAAACUGUACCACGAAAGUUACGACAGCGUUGCAGUUAUGUUUGCAUCAAUUCCAAACUACAAAGAAUUUUACGAUGAAACGGAUAUUAAUAAACAAGGACUGGAAUGCCUUAGACUGUUAAACGAAAUCAUUUGUGAUUUUGAUAAAUUAUUGUUGAAACCAAAAUUUUCUGGAAUUGAAAAAAUCAAGACGAUCGGUAGUACGUAUAUGUUGGCUUCCGGUUUGAGUCCUGGUCAGGAAGACGAUCAUCGAAGUGAUCCUAAGAAGCAGCAGGAUCACAACGUCAUAGUUAUGGUCGAAUUUGCUUUGGCCCUGAUGACCAUACUCGAUCAGAUCAACAAAGAUUCGUUUCAACGAUUCAAACUUAGGAUUGGCUUAAAUCACGGUCCAGUAAUCGCCGGAGUCGUGGGUGCUCAAAAACCGCAGUAUGACAUCUGGGGUAACACGGUGAAUGUUGCGUCCCGAAUGGACAGCUGUGGUGUGGUAGGAAAGCUUCACGUUACCGAGGACACGGCAGUCGUUCUCCAAAAUGCUGGCUACAAAAUUAUCCAUCGAGGGCCGACCUACGUCAAGGGAAAGGGCACGCUGACGACCUAUUUCGUAGGGACGCCGUUCGACGGUCGUGUGGAGGAGGACUGGGACCACUAUCCCAAAGGCUGAGUUCCUCGUGACUCGUGAUCAUCGCUAAUAACAAUAGGUUUGAUCGACAAAAAACUAAUAAAAAAAUUCUGCCCGAGUCUAUUAAAAUGCUGAAAAUAAAUAGUCUUUUCGUCGAACUUAGUGUCGACCUACCCUUGGAGCUUCGCAUAUUCCAGUACAAGUGCAUUUCAGUAGAAGCUCAGUUCGAUCAUUUAUCGGAAGUUUCUGUAGUUGAUAAUUAUAACUAUAUUCUGCGUGACACUUGUUAUGUAACGGUCGUCUUUUCAUGAAAUACAGACGUGCUCUAUA